CCUGACCCUGGAGACCUCCACCGGCUACCAGGGCUCCAGCUGCCACAUCGGGGACUUCGUUCUGCUCUUUAACGCCUGGCACCCAGAGGACACGGUUUUCCUCCGGGACGAGGACGAGCGCUGCGAGUACGUGCUGUCCCAGCAGGGGCUCAUCUACCAGGGCGCCAGUGACUACAUCACCUCCACCCCCUGGAACUUCGGCCAGGUGAGCGGGGCACGGCCCCCCGGGACCCCUGGGCAGCCCUGGCAGCGCAGGGCGCGGGGGCUGAUGCCACGUUUGUUCCCCCGAAGCUGCACCCCGACCGCAGCCAGCACCCCGGGGAGGAUCAGCCCUGCCAGGCAGCUGGGGGACAAACGAGCAGAGCUCUCCUUUCUGGGGGGGGACUGUGCCAACUUCAGAGCAUGGCAGAGCGAGGGGAGCGUUUCUGCAUGGCCCCCGGGGGCCCCGCGGCCGCAAGCUCCUAAUCGGGGCGUCCACGCUGCGCCAGGAGCCGCCUGGGCUUUAACCGGUGCCGGGAGCCGGCCUCCCCGCGGGGCCGGGGCAAAAUGCGGGCCGGCCCCCGUCAGAGCCAUCAAGGAGGGCGACCUGCAGCUGAAGUACGACAUCCCCUUCGUCUUCGCGGAGGUGAACGCCGACGUGGUGUACUGGGUGGUGCAGCGCGACGGGUCGCAGAAGAAGAGCACCCACUCCUCCGUUGUGGGGAAGAACAUCAGCACCAAGAGCGUGGGCAGGGACAGCAGGGAGGACAUCACCCACACCUACAAGUACCCAGAGGGGUCUGAGAAGGAGAGAGAAGUGUUUGUGAAGGCAGAGCACGAGAAGAAAUCCCUGCGGGAGGCGGACGAGGGGCUGCACCUCAAGAUCAAGCUGUCGGAGGGCGCCAACAACGGCUGCGACUUCGACGUCUUUGCCGUCGUCAACAACAACACGGACGAAGAGCGCAUCUGCAGGCUCAUGCUCCGGGUGCCGGUGCGGGGCCACGGGCACAGGGCGAGCCCUGACCCCACUCUGCCUCCCCUUCCAGAGAAAAGCGUGCCCCUGCGCAUCCUGUACGAGAAGUACGGGGAGAGCCUGACCCAGGACAACAUCAUCAAGGUGGUGGCGCUCCUCACCGAGUACCAGACCGGCGAUGUUGUCGUGGCCAUCAGGGACGUCUACAUCCAGAAUCCAGAGAUCAAGAUCAGGGUAAGGGCCCAGCGUCCUGGUGGGUUUGGGGGGGACAUUUCCCACCAACAGGGGCUUGCUACAACCACCCUGGGGGGUUGGUCCCACCAACCCGAGCCCGGGGGCUGGGGCAACCCCACCAUGGUGGUGCUUGGGCAGCAGGUCCUGCAUCCCUGGGGACCUGCAUCCCUCCCCAGGGACCUGCAUCCCUCCCAGGUCACCGGGAGGAGGAGGGGCCGUCCCGCUGACCCCCUGCCCUCCUCCAGCGAGGAGCCCGUGGCGCCGCACGCGGAGGCCAAGUUCAGGCUGGAUUUUGUGCCACGCCAAGCGGGGCUGCGCAAGCUGAUGGUGGACUUCGAGAGCAACAAGCUGACGGGGGUGAAGGGCUACCGCAACGUCAUCAUCGCGCCCCAGCCCAAGUGAGCAGCCACCAGGGUCCCCCCGCCGCACAGACCCUGCCUCCCCUCCUGCUCGGGGGCUUCCUGGCCCCCACUUGCUUUAGCCCGAGGCCGUCCCAGCGGCGCGCGGAAGGGCGACUGCUGAAGCCCAGCCUGGCCCCGGUGCAGCUCCCCCGGAGCGCUCGGUGCUGCAGGGAGAGAAGCGAGGGGAGCAGGGGCAGGAGAGAGGGGCUGGGGGCGUGCGG